AUUUUAAUAACUUUUGCCACCUGACCUGGGCGCUUGCACGAAGUGGCUGCUGCCUAAGACUUAAAUUAACGGGGUUAUGUCUGGGACCUCAGGUAGGUCAUCCCUUGCGCAGCCUCCGCCCGCAAAAACCGUCCUUGUGUACCGCAAUGGGGACCCAUUCUUUCCUGGGAGGAAGAUCGUGGUAAGCCAGCGUCGCACCUCGACAUUUGACGGCUUUUUGAGCUCGGUGACUCGCGGGAUGGAGGCUCCUUUCGGGGCGGUGAGAAACGUUUACACUCCGCGGGAAGGACACAAAAUCGUUGCUUUGGAGCAACUGCAACACGGGGAAGGAUAUGUUGCAGCCGGGGCAGAGCGCUUCAAAAAGCUGGAUUACUGUCAAAUAACGCCCAAAAAACCACAGAGAAAGAAGAACGAAAUGAUACGACCCGUUGUUCACAGCAAAAUAGCGGUUUCUGCGCGUUGGAAAAAAAGCGCCAAUGAGCCAUGCACUAUAAAUGUUUUUACCAACGGAAAUAUCUUGGUUCCUCCAGUUAGGAUACUAAUACCAAAGUACACUCUUAGAAGCUGGGAGAAUGUACUCGCUAUGGUAACGGAGAAAGUGCAUCUUCGCACAGGAGCCGUUCACAGAAUUUGCACGUUGAAUGGGACUCCGUUACUGGGUUCAGUCGAAUUAGAGAAUGACCAGUAUUACGUUGCCGUGGGUGCAGAGAAAUUCCGAUUCCUGCCGUACUUUCACUGGAUUACUAAGAAAGGGAGGAGCCUGGACAAGAGUCAAAGGGUCUUCGAUGACUGUCAUCCAUCAACAAGAAAAUAUAAAAAUGCAGAAGCUAUGCUUAAUGGUGGAAGGGGUCCGUCUCCGGAAGGAGGUCAGGAGCACGGGGUGCCGCUGAAAAACCACUGGGGCUCCUUAUUCUACACCAGGCCGGAGCGAACGACACAGCAGAUCGCUAAGGGCCCACAUCUCCUCUCGACGGGAGGAAUCGCUGCAAGUGAAGAAAAUGCAACCUUUGAACAUAGAAAUACAGACUGGGGUGUCUUCAAGGCAAAAGGCGUACGGAAUGAAGUGGCAGGAGCGACCGUGGUGCACGAGGAUGGCAGGACGAUGGCGGAGCUGCCCCUGGAUCAGACCAAAGCGGAGGUGGUUGAUGAAGUGCAGGAUCGGCAUGGGACCUCCUGGCCAGGAAGCGAUGCUCUGAUACAGCCAGAAGCUCCCAGCGCUCAGAGAGCCGUGUCAGAGGGCUCCAGAACGAUAACAAAUGAUGGUCAGCUCACAGACCAGUAAUUAAGAGAGGAAACAGAGAAUGGGCCGGAACGCUUUUGCUUUCCCAAGACUACACACAACAAUACUCAGCCUCACUUCAGCUUUGGUUGUCAGUUUAUCCCUCUGGGGCAGUGGUUCCCAAUCCGGUCCUUGGGGAACCGCAGACAGUCCACAUUUUUGCUACCUGGAGCUGGGAGGGAGAUAAAAUGUGGAUCUGGGGUCUGUGGGUCCCUAAAGACUGGUUUGGGAAACACAGCUCUAGCGGAAUGUUCUAGACUACCAUCGUCCAGUGUGUCUGCAGCGUUCUGUAUCCAUUCUGGGAGCCGUCUAGGACCAUGCUGACCUCAGCACACUAAGCUGAGGAGCAUAGCGUAGAAUUUACCAGAGUAUUAGUUACCUGUCUACUUUGUUCUGUGUCAGUGUAAAAGUUCAGCUCUCAGAUGUACCAACUCAGGAAAAUGUUGGAUCUGUUUUGCACUGAUUGGAAUUUGUUACGUCUUGAGCCCUUAAAGGCUAAUGGCUAAAUGAUUCUCAAGACAUGGAUGGUGUCCUUGCUAGUUUAAGAUUGUAGAGUAUAAAGAAUUUUUCAGGAAUCCAUGUUGCAGAGACUGUUGAAAUAGGGGUAUUUCUCACUCAUAGUCUCCUUAUAUGUAUGGUUUAAAAAAGCGUUAAAAGAGUGUUAUAAACCAAAUAAAAUAUCCAAAUGUCAUAUA